AAGCCAGUAGGUCACCUUGUUAUUAUUAUCAUUGGUGCCUUGUCAAGUUACUAUAGAUUUAAAGCAACUAGCCAUUGAGGCUUGAGCUCAUCAAUCUCAUUCAAAACCUCACUUUCCACCUCUCCACCAAUAUUGAACACAUACAUUUAUAUCUGUUCUGUCUUUUACAAGAUUCGAAUUCUCGACAUCAGAAAGAACGUACCAUCUAUCUGACUAGGAGGUCAUUGGUUUCGGUUUUAAUAAAAAAUUGAUCUAUGGCGAUUUCUGUUGCUAAUCUUGGCAUUCUUCCUUGUGAGCCAUCAAGAAAAGAUGAUUUCUCACCAUUUUUCGGUCAAAAGUUGCGAAAAAGCUUGGAAAAACAGCCCUUAGUUCGAGUUGUAUCGAAAAACAGAGAGAUUUUUGCAUCUCUAGUCUCUCAUGAGCUUGGUAAAAGCAAGCUGGUCUUAAGUGGUGGAGCAAAAGAAGCAAAAGAAGCUGUGGUGGUGAAAAAACAAGAGCAAGAUGAAAGAAAAUUAUCGGAUUGUUGGAGAGAAAUUCACGGCGAAGAUGAUUGGGUCGGGUUGCUUGAUCCUAUGGAUCCUCUGUUACGAUCAGAACUUAUCAGGUACGGGGAAAUGGCACAAGCUUGUUAUGACGGUUUUGAUUUUGAUCCAUUUUCUAAAUAUUGUGGAAGCUGUAGAUUUAAUCGGCACGAUUUUUUCCAAGGAUUGGACAUCCCAGACCAAGGCUACGAUGUGUCACGGUAUUUGUAUGCGACAUCGAAUAUUAAUCUCCCGAAUUUUUUCAAGAAAUCGCGGUGGCCUAAAGUCUGGAGCAAAAAUGCGAAUUGGAUCGGCUACGUCGCGGUUUCAAACAAUGAAAUGUCGAAGCGUUUGGGUCGGAGAGACAUCACAGUUGCAUGGAGAGGGACCGUGACGCGGCUCGAAUGGAUCGCGGAUUUAAUGGAUUAUUUGAGACCAAUUUUGGAAAAAAAUAUUCCGUGCCCUGAUUCGGAUGUUAAAGUCGAAUCAGGAUUUCUCGAUCUUUACACUGAUAAAGACGAGACUUGCAAAUUCUGCAAGUACUCAGCCCGGGAACAAAUUUUAGCCGAGAUCAAGAGGUUGACUGAAAUGUACUCUUCCGAAGAAAUGAGCAUAACAAUCACAGGUCACAGCCUGGGGAGUGCCCUUGCAUUACUAAGUGCUUAUGACAUCGUCGAGACGGGCAUAAAUGUGUUGCCUGACACGCGGCCUAUUCCAGUGACCGUGUUCUCAUUCUCCGGCCCUCGGGUUGGGAAUGAGAGGUUCAAGGAACGGAUUGAGUUGCUAGGGGUGAACGUGUUGCGGGUGGUUAAUGUUCAUGACAUGGUCCCGAAGGCGCCUGGGAUGAUUUUUAAUGAGGCUUCGCCUGCGAUGUUGAUGAAGUUUGUGAAGGGAUCACCUUGGAGCUACUCGCACGUUGGAGUUGAAUUGGCGUUGGAUCAUAAGAACUCGCCGUUUUUGAAGCAAAAUGCUGAUAUGGUUUGUGCUCAUAAUCUGGAGGCUCACCUGCAUUUGCUUGACGGGUAUCAUGGGAGAGGACACCGGUUUGUGUUAGCUACCGGAAGGGACAUUGCAUUGGUGAACAAGGCUUGUGAUUUUCUGAAAGAUCACUAUUUUAUACCACCACAUUGGAGGCAAGACGAGAAUAAAGGAAUGACCAGAACAAAAGAUGGCCGUUGGAUUCAGAGAGAGAGGCCUAAGUUUGAUGAUCACGGUCAUGAUACCAUGCACCAUCACCUCAGACAAUUAGGUUUAACAAAUCACUAGAGCCAUCCCGUAUAAAAUAUGAUUGUUUAUUAUAUACGUAUCUCCAUAUCGGAUGUUAAACUGUAGAUAAAAUAAAAACAAUGGACAUAUUCAGUUAGUUUUUCUAAUAAACCAUGCCCAAAGUGAUUAUAUAUGGGCCUUCUACGGGUCUAGCACUAUAGCAGACUAGCACCCACUGAGAUGGGCUCCGAUCUAAGUUUUCCCUAAGUUUGGGCCCGGUGGUAGAACUGAGAGUGAUAAAAAAAUCAUUUUAUCUUUCACUUGAAUAACUUUUUUUUACGUAUCUAUGAGAGCCGUGCAGUAUUUUUUUUCUU